AUGGCAUCCAUCGAAGCAACCAAGAAACGAUCGCGUGGUGAAGAUAACGAAGAAACUAUGGAUAAACCUGCAUUGAAAAAGCAAUUGCUCGAAGGAAAAUCUGCGCUCGAUUUGAUCUUACCAAUUUCAUCGAUCACCAAAGAACUGUCUGAUGAGGACUUUCGCAUUAUUACCGGCACUUAUGAGCGCAUUCUUUACGGAAUCAAUGCCUAUUGGGAAAACGCAGACGAUGAUUCAUCUUCUAAACCCUCUCUUAAACUCGAGCCUAUCUUUAUCGUACCUGCACACACUGGCUGUAUUCGUACUGUUGCUAUAGGUGGACAUUUCUUGGCCUCUGGAAGUGCAGACGAAAUUAUUCGAUUGUAUGAUGUGAAGAAGCGCAAGGAAUACGGUUCGCUUGGUGGGCAUCAUCAGGGUGAUGUGACAGAUAUCAAAUUUCACGGAAAAUACAUGUUCUCUACAAGUGACGACGGCACAAUUUGCUUGUGGCGGACAAAGGAUUGGGAAUUUUUGAAGACACUCAAGGGUCACAAGGGACGUAUCAAUUCACUUGCUAUUCAUCCUUCAGGUAGAAUUGCACUUUCAGUAUCGAGUGACAGAACCGUCAUUUUAUGGAACUUGAUGUCAGCAAAGAAGGCCAGUAUGACUAAGCUUUAUAGAGAUGAAGGACUUGUGGUUCUUUGGAAUACAGAUGGAACAAAAUAUGCUAUUAUGUUUGACCGUAAGAUCAAUGUUUACAAUGUCUCGGACGCACAAGUUAUGACUACUAUUGAGCACAAAUCAAAAUUCCUGUGUAUGCGAUACUUUGAAUCAAGCGAUAAGAAGGAAUAUAUUAUCAGUGGCCACGAGGAUAAGACUAUUCGUAUCUGGGAAGCAGAAACUGGAAAAUGUGUUGUUGAAAUUGUUGGACAUAAGUUCCGUAUUAAGACAAUGGAGACAGUCAAGUCAAAACCUUCAUCUGAGAGUGAGCCAGUCACUGUCCUGAUCACUGCUUCUUCAGAUGGUGUUAUCAAGUGCUGGGAUGUAGAGGCGGCGAUUGCAGCAGCAGAGAGUCCGGAAGACAUUACUCCUCUGGGGGAAUACAACACCAAGAGUCGAAUUACGUGCUGUACUGUGCAUUCUGGAUACGCAAAGACAACUGGAGAGGUUACCGUGUCAGAAAAAUAA